AUGAAGUCGACUAACAAGCUGCUAUUCUCCACGGCCACGAGCGAUGCUUUGCCUACAUCGUUGCCGUCUCGCAACGUGACUAUUCAUGUGUUCGACGAGUACCGCAAGAGCAGCAAGGAGUUCACAUGCCAGCGCGACCUGCUGCUGGCCAAGAUGAAGUACUUCCAGGCGUAUCUAAACGAGGCCAACGAACACGACGAGAUCGACAUCUCCGUGCACUGCGACGUGGAGAUAUUCGAGCUUCUCGUGGAAUACAUGCACCAGCGCGAUAACGAGUGGCGACCGCGUAUCACAUUGGAGAACAUAGCGUCCAUCCUCGUAUCCUCCGAGUUCCUGCAGAUGGAGGAGCUCGUGGAAGAAUGUGUGACAUUCAUCUCGGGGCGCGUACAGGAAUUCAUGCUUUUGCGCGUAGACUUUGGCUGUCUAUCGGACAUUGCCGUCUCCAAGAUCGCUAAUAACUGCACGCCCGAGCUGCUGCAGACGCUACACGACCCCAAGGACAAAAUCUUGUCAAAGCUGCGGCGAAAGAAGGUCGAGGCACUGGUGAAAAAUGUUCAAGAUGGUGGCCGACGACUCGAUCUAUGCAUAAAUUGUGAGUUGCUUUUUAUUAAGGGCGAACGGGAGAGCGUAGGUUGUCAUAAAGGUAGGCGUCAAAUCGGUGUAUAUGGCGAAUUGGUGGGGCGGCAUCAAGCCAAAGCUGGGUGGCAAGUCGAGACGUUUCUACGAGACCUUGGCGCCGACAAGAGCACUUUUUGGAGCGCAGCAUACUGGUACAUCUGGGGCUCCACGAAAUACUUUCAAUGCCUUGUGUGCAAGCAGAAGUGCACCUUACUUGAGCUGCAAGACUGCGCCUAUCACCUCGGCUCAAUUGUUGAUCACGGUCCAGCGGCAAAGUAUUCGUGUUGUGGCGCGCGUAUUUUCAGUGCCGACGAGAUUUCGAUGCGCGGGUGUAAGACCACAGACCACACGCCUAUCGAUGAUAACAGGAGCUCUGACGUGAGCAGAUUUAACACCAUUGUGACACUUCCUUUCAUGUGGGAGCAGAUUCGCUCGUGCGAGAAAGUGGCAAGAGCUCAAGGUUCACCAUCUAGUUGCGAUGCUGGUGGUGGCGGUAGAAUCGACGUGGCCUCACUAUUUCCUCCACCGCAACAAAAGAAAGUAGCCGUGAAUGUGAUCGAGCGUGAACUGUCGUCCAGAAAACUAACCGCUGGUGGAGAAGGCGGCUCCUCGGGCUAUCGGAAGCAAUGCAAGGUGCUCCAGUUGCAAGAGAAGGAUCGCAUUCGUUGCCAAGUCAUUGGCCGGCAGCUCCUGCUCCAGCGAAAGAAAGCAACUUGUUGA